UGGACUCUUAUUUUGAAAUGUCUCGCUGUUGUUGCCUGAUUCACUCGCUGUCACCUUCUCCGUCCUCCUCAUGCCUGGAGAUUGAAGUAGGAGCAAAUCUUCAGCACGCUGCUUUUCAGUUAACUGAAGAUCUUCACAAUACUGGAGGAUCUUCAUCAGAUUAAAGCAGCCGAGGUCACGAGCGCUUCCUCCGUUUCCCACAAUCCUUCACUACAGAGCAGUUGAAUGAAAUCGCUCACCGUGGCGUGCAGUGCUGGUCUUCAUCUCGCAGUGGAUCAGUGAUUUUCUCUUGGGUUUGUCUUCUAACAGAGACACUCGUGGAGCUCAUGAAGACAGAACGGGAUGGGGACGUGCUGGAAGAGAGCCAGCGGGAGCCUGACCUCUACAGUCCGGUGUCUCCGCAGGACCAGCCCGUCUCCACGUACUUCGAGGAGAAGGUUCCCAUCCCGGUUGAUGACACAGCAAAGAUGUUUAGCUUUCGUAAACUUUGGGCCUUCACUGGACCGGGUUUUCUGAUGAGCAUUGCAUAUCUCGACCCUGGGAACAUCGAGUCGGACCUUCAGUCUGGGGCUAAAGCAGGUUUUAAGCUGCUAUGGGUGCUGUUGGCCUCCACCAUCAUCGGGCUCCUGCUGCAGCGUCUGGCCGCGCGCCUCGGUGUCGUCACUGGGAUGCACCUGGCCGAGGUCUGCAACCGCCAUUACCCCACGGUGCCGCGGAUCAUCCUGUGGCUGAUGGUGGAGCUGGCCAUCAUCGGCUCUGACAUGCAGGAGGUCAUCGGCUGCGCCAUCGCUCUCAAUCUGCUGUCGGUCGGCAGGAUUCCUCUAUGGGCUGGAGUGCUGAUAACCAUCAUCGACACUUUUGUGUUCCUGUUUUUGGACAAGUACGGUCUGAGAAAGCUGGAGGCAUUCUUCGGGUUCCUCAUCACCGUCAUGGCUCUCAGCUUUGGUUUCGAGUAUGUGCGUGUGGCUCCGGACCAGGGCGAGGUUCUGAAGGGCAUGUUUCUGCCGUACUGCCAAGGCUGUGGACCAACGCAGCUGGAGCAGGCCGUCGGGAUCGUGGGAGCCGUUAUAAUGCCUCAUAACAUCUAUCUGCAUUCUGCUCUCGUUAAGUCACGAGACAUCGAUCGAGCCAACAAAAGAGAGGUGAAAGAGGCCAACAAGUACUACUUCAUCGAGUCCUCCAUCGCGCUCUUCGUCUCCUUCCUCAUCAAUGUUUUUGUGGUGGCCGUCUUCGCCGAGGCCUUCUAUGGCAAGACAAACAUGGAAGUGGGCCAGAAGUGUAAUCAGAGCGGAAGUCCUCACAGUGAUCUCUUCCCAGCCAACAACGAAACACUUGAAGUCGACAUCUACAAAGGGGGUGUGGUUUUGGGCUGUUUUUUUGGCCCCGCUGCGCUGUAUAUUUGGGCGAUUGGGAUCCUCGCGGCUGGACAGAGUUCAACCAUGACUGGAACCUACUCUGGUCAGUUUGUGAUGGAGGGUUUCCUGAACCUGCGCUGGUCUCGCUUCGCUCGCGUGUUGCUGACGCGCUCCAUCGCCAUAUUACCCACUCUUCUGGUGGCCGUCUUUCAGGACGUGCAGCAUCUCACCGGCAUGAACGACUUCCUGAACGUGCUGCAGAGCAUGCAGCUGCCGUUCGCUCUGAUCCCCAUCCUGACCUUCACCAGUUUGACGUCACUAAUGAGCGAUUUCGCCAACGGACUCGCGUGGAAGAUCAGUGGCGGUGUGCUCAUCCUGGUGGUGUGUGCCAUCAACAUGUACUUCGUGGUGGUGUACGUGACGGCUCUCAACAGCACCAUCCUCUACGUCUUCUCCUCCUUAAUCUCCAUUGCCUACCUGAGCUUCGUCAUCUAUCUGGUCUGGCGCUGUCUGAUCGCUCUCGGCGUGUCUCGUCUGGAUUUCAGAGGGACGGUUCAGCACCCACCAGCCGUUCUCAUCGACGAACAGCCAGAGUUCGAUUCCUGAACCGAACACAUGAUCACUUCCAAAGUAUGAACAUUUGUUCUUCUGACGUGAGGAACGUCCUUACUGUGACAAACAGUAAAAUCCAAAUAUGUUUCCUUUCCUGAUCCGUGGCUCUUUUCCUUUGCCACGUUUUAUAGAUCUACUAUUGUAGGUCCGUCAGAACUGAUAGUGUAGAUCAACUGAAAUAAAUUAUUUACUGCAAUAUGCGUUUAGAAUAAUUAAUUAUUACACAGAAGAACAGUCUGUGAAUAUAAUUAAACCGUACAGGGUCAGUUUAUGACUCACUAACUCACUAAUGACUCAUUUUCUGAUGAACGGCAGACUGGAUGAUUUGAACCGUUAUUUAAAGGUUCUUAAACGUUGUUAACAUGAAUAAACCGAUGAAGUGUUUUAUGACCCGUAGAAAUAUUUUCACCCUAAAACAUGUGUUUUAUAAGUAAAUAGCUGAAUCAAAGAGAAAUGAGUAUUUAUUUUAUUGAAGGAACGGCAUUGAAUUCAGGAACUGCGUUAGACGCCCAUCAGCUCAUGAAUCCCGGUGUCUGAAUCUGCUGAAUCUCCAUUCAAAGCGAUGCUCCAAAUCUGGGCUGAAAUCAAACAUUCUGGACACACUGGGCUAAAAACUGACAACGAAUGACCUUGUUUCUGUCAAUAAAUCAUUCAUCCAUCAUCGUUUUUAUUGAAUCAUGUCGCAUCAACUGAAUCAUUUCACAUCCAUGCUGCUUUUUUCCAUUUUAAAGAAUCUGUUAUUGUGCGUGACUACUUUAAACCUUCAUCUGUUUGCUCAACAGAUUUGCUGCCAUCAUUUGACAAUAUAAACUAACAGGUGAGGCGUUUGAGAAUGAAACGGGUUUCUGACUGACGUUUAGUUUGAUGAGAUGCAAUACAGUUGAUGCAGCUUUUCAGAAACCCUUCAAGAAGAAACAAAAGUGCCUUUAAAUUAAUUCGAAAAACUGCUUGUUUCAUGUCAUAUUCUAAAUUCUGAAGUGUUUUCAAUGUGAGAUGUCACUGUCAGUGAAGUUUUGAAGUUUCCUCUCCAUGUGGGAUCAUUUCAUUCAUGUUUCAGCUCACCGUUGCGUUUGUGUUCUGAAAUGACCUUGAUUUUCUGUUUGUUUUUCUCGUAAUAACAGAUGUGAGUUAUUGUGGCGUAACUCAGUUCUGUUCCGUUCUGGUGUUCGUUUAAACACAUUCCAUGCUUUAAAACUUGAACAAUUCAAAUGGAAGAAAGAAUGGCUGAGAUGUGUUUAUGUUUGGAAGACAUGAUCCAUCCUGAUAAACCUGAUGUAUGUUAUUCACACUGUACAUGCUGACAAAAUGAAUAAAAGUCCAGAAUGACAACA